GCGCGCACUUAUACGGCUACCAUCAUGGACUGGGGGUCCUCAUCCUUCUUGAGGCUUCUACUCGACAACCCAGAUGACGACGAUCGAAAUGGACCGCCCCCAGGCAGUCCCCCAACGAUGACAUUCGAAGGGCCCUGGUUCACAACACAGAUCAUCAUGUCUGGGACGAUAGGGCUGUUCUCUUUCCUUGUGUUCUCCUAUUGCCGAACUCGGUGGCCCAUCCUAUUCGCUCCGCGCACGAAGCUCAAGGGCUUCUCGCCUCAUGAAGCGCACGCUCACCAAGCUUUCUUUGGAUGGAUUCUGCCCACCAUUCGCACCUCGGAAUUCACCGUCCUUCAGAUCGUUGGACUCGACGCCGCCGUGCUGCUCAGCUUUUACAAGAUGGCCUUCAAACUCUUCUCUGUCUGCUCAUUUUUUGCUUUGACUAUCUUGAUGCCCAUCAACUGGAUGCAUAAUAAGGAACUAGGUGACGACGAAGACUGGGGCGACGACACAGACGACUGGCCUAGUCUUUUCGGCAGCACACUUAGCAAUAGGCCAUUGUUCCGCAUCGCCUCCUUCGCGCCGAAUGGAAGCACGAAUGGAACUGUUCCCAAUCCAGAUGGAUCGAAUUGGCUCGACUUGAUCAGCGAAGCCAACUCAUACCUGUCCCUCUAUCUCAUAUUCACGUAUCUUUUCACUCUCCUCGCGCUCUUCUUCAUCUAUAAAAAUUAUCGCCGAUUCAUUCGUUCUCGCCAGCUUUACUCUCUGGAGCUGGUGCACUCCAUUCCUGCCAGAACGGUCAUGGUCUCAAACCUUCCCCGGCAUCUCCUUGGAGAAAGGGCUCUUGCCGAAUACUUCGAAAACAUGGAUCUCAGCGUUGAAAGCGUUACCCUGUGCCGCGAGGUUAGCUCUCUCAAGAGACUUAUCGACAAACGGACGGAAGCUCUCUUGGCGCUCGAAAGCGCCUGGACGAGUUACGUUGGCAAUCCGAGUGCAGUGGAGGAAUACGACCCGGAAGCGAGUGGAGGUCCUCUGGUGGAUGUCGAGUCUGGUCCGCAGCAACGACUGGUGGUGCCUCAUCGACCGAGACCGACGAUAAGGCCACGAUGGUUUGGACCGAAAGUGGAUGCAUUGGAGUAUCUUGAGACGGAGUUCAAAGACAUCGACGAGAAGGUCCGAAAACGACGUCUGGCAAAAUUCAAAGCUACGCCUGUUGCUUUCGUGACUUUUGAGAAGAUGUCGUCUGCACAAGUCGCGCUUCAAGUCGUUCACGCCUCAGCACCGUUGCGGUGCAAGACGUAUCCAGCACCCGAGCCCCGUGAUAUCGUAUGGUCUAACAUGACGCCAUCACAGCUGAACAUUCAGACUCGCGACGUAUUCGUUCUGGGCAUGAUCGUGCUCCUCUUCUUCUCGUGGAUCUUCCCAAUCACGGCGCUUGCCAGUCUGCUCAGUUACACUGAGAUCAAGAAGACGAUGCCCUGGCUCGGGAGGCUGAUUGACAGCAAUGACAAAGUACGGGCCAUCGUGCAGAACUCGCUGCCAUCAGUUGGUGUGAUCUCCCUCAAUGCGUUUCUUCCUUUCCUUCUCGAAGCCUUGACUUAUCAGCAAGGCUAUCGAGCACGUAGUUGGAUCGAAUAUUCAUUGUUGAAAAAGUAUUUUCUAUUCCUCCUCAUCAAUGUCGUGUUCAUCUUCCUAUUGGCGUCUACUUACCUCCAAUUGGUUUAUGAGCUGGCGAAUUUCCCUGCCAAAAUCCCAGAAAAGCUGGCCAAGGCGCUCCAGGCCGGGAAAGCUCGUAACUUCUUCCUUUCAUAUGUCAUUCUGCAAGGGCUUGGUAUCAUGCCGCUUCAACUGUUGAAUCUGGGUGUGACGAUUCCCCGAUUCUUCCGUCUGUUUGUGACACGCACGCCACGGGAUUUCGCCGAGCUGAACGCACCGCCAAUGAUCAACUAUGGGAUCGUAUAUCCUCAAUCGAUCCUCAUGUUUGUCAUCACCAUGCUCUACAGCGUGACACAGCCCUUGAUUCUGAUUUUCGGAGCCAUCUACUUUGGCGUGGCAUAUGUGGUCUACAAAUACAAACUUCUGUUUGUCUUCUACAAGCCAUACGAAUCACAAGGUCAAGCGUGGCCGCUGACCUUUGUGCGCUUGAUCUGGGGUGUCAUGAUCUUCCUGACGUUUAUGACUGGUUUCUUCUUGCUCCAAAACACUUACGCAAGCUCGAAGCUGUCGUACAUCAUCACAAUCCUACUGAUCCCGCUCCUCGCCGGCACAGUCCUCUGGUCGUGGUACAUCGAGAAAGAGUUCAAGCCCCUGAGCGACUUUGUGGGUCUGAGCUCUGUGCACGAAGUCGAGCGCGGCCAAGAGUCAGCUGAUGUGGCUCGCUUGCAUGAGGGACAUCCAGUCACGUGGUCCCAAAGGUCUGGGACUGUCGUUGGUCACCGCUCAGACGCUGAUUAUUCUGCUCUAGCAAUCUUAAUAAGAGAAGAUAUGCUCAGAAUGAUGACACUCUUUACGUCGCACCCGAGGAUGAACGCACCGAUUAUUCGCAACCACCCAUGACGAACUGGUACCAGGGAGUGCUGAACACCGGCAAGAGACGAUAUGCCCAUCCAGCAUUGAAUGGGGUGCUGCCCCAGCCAUGGCUGCCACUGAAGAAGGGCCAGAUCCUUUCCACGAGCAACGACCCACGCAGCAUGGCAGGUCGUCAACCGAAAGAGAACAACGGACAGGCCGUUGUACUCACUCUCCGCAAGCGGGCCAGUGCUCGCCGACGGACGCAGAGCGAGGUCAUCGAGGAUGGGGUCGAGUCUGUUACUGCGCCUAGUGAAACAUCUGGGCCGAGCAGCAGCAACCCAUGGCAGGCCGAGCCGCGACGGACAUCUGCUCCGCUCAGUCAUCGUCUCAGUUUCGAUCCUGCCUCGGGUGUGAUCAAUCUCCCGGACGAUGAGGAUUGGCUGCUGGAAGACGAAGAGGACAGCGAUGAAGAUGACUAUGGGACUCAACAAGGGGGGCUGGAGAACUCAGUCCCAUCAUUGGCCGAAACCAACGCCAACGAUUCAGUGCUUGGAGCCGGUGUGAGUUCCAGUCCAAACACCUCGCCGUCCAGACUGUCACGGUACGGUACAUACUUCCAUCAUCCAGAGCGGAGAAGACAAGUUAUCCCUGGCGCGUUUCCACGCUGAGAUACCCUCUAUACAGUACACAUCUUAUAGUAGAUAUCACCAGUAGUAAGUAGGUUGUUGUAAAUCUUCCCAGGUUUCACAGAAUCAGUCUAGGGUGGCGUGAGCAUCAAAUGGGGAGCAUCAGGAGCG